UAAUAAAAAAUAAGCAGCUACUGAUUUUAGAAAAAAAUAAAAUAUUCCAAGCAUAUCAAGAAAAAUUAAAAUAGUUUCCCCUCGAAAACAUUCCUGUUAGGAAUUUUUUGUAAAACUUUCCUAUGAAAUAAUUAAAUAGCCUAAACGCACUUGUAAAAUAGACGAAUAAUUUAUAUUUUUUUUUAUAGCAACUUUAUAGCGUAAUAAAUAAAAAAAAUUGUAAAUUAUAAAAAAUGUUAUUUUGUUUAAAAAAAAAAUACUUGCUUGAGCGGAUCUUGAUGAAAAAAGGAAAAGGAGGCUGUUACAUCAAUGCCAAGGCUCUGUAAGUAGGUGAAGGUGAACGAGAUCCGAUUUACUUUUAAAUCUGUUCGUUUUUCAUUUAUACUAAGAGCGUAAGAUUAUAGAGUCGGUUAUUAACUUGUUUGCUUUUAGUAUUACUAGCAAGUUUUAUGUUUAGUUUAUUAUUUAUGUGAAAAAAAAUGGAGGAACCACCGGUUUAUACCUGCAGAAAAUUUAUUUCUUUGUAUAUUGACGAUUCGGAAGACGAAAACAACAAAAUUUGUGGAUUUCACCUGACACGGUCCCCUUGGGAUCCUUAUCCUUGGAUUAGUUAUGUCGAACCUGGGAGCAUUGCGGAUAAAUCGGGUCUUAGAGCUGGAGAUUGCCUAUUAGACAUAAAUAAUGCCGACAUAGUCGGCCUUAGAGUAAAAGAAAUCGCCUCAUUAAUAAAACGCGAACCUGGAGAGACAAUAAAUUUACAAGUAUGGCGCCACUGCGCAGAAACAGCUGACGAGACUUCAGAAUUUGGCGUUGCAGUAUCAGGACCUCUGCCAACCUUAGCAAGAAAAUUAGCUAAGGCAGUUUCUGGAACCGUGAAAGCUUUAGAAUGUCCGAUUUGUUUAGAAACGGCUUCAGCACCAGUGUCUCAGUGCGUGCAUGGUCACAUUUUGUGUUCGAAUUGCCGCCAAAAAACUCCUCGCUGUCCCAUCUGCAGGAUCAGAUUAGGCCAAGGUCGUUGUCUUGUCGCCGACCAGAUCCAGCGGAAUAUCCGCGACGCCUAUGAAGAAGACAUCUCAAGAUUAAUUGCCCGAGCUACAGCAAAUGGCGAAGCUGUAAAUUCGUCGCUCAGAGAAAAAUUAUUCGGAAAAUCGGUCGGUAAGGACACGGUGGGUAAAAAAGAGCAACCUGGCUUACCGGCUGCGAUGAAGACGCGACUAGCGCGCCUCCUAGGUGGCUUCGACAAAGCUGCUUCUGCGGACAAUUUAGCUACAGAAGAUCCGAAAUAUCUGAGCCCAUCAGCGCCCUCACCGGCUUUCCGGCGGCUCGGGGAACUAUUUACUGGUGACAGAACUAAAUCUGCGAGUACUGGAGAAUUACGAGCUGAUUUGUCCGGUUCCGAGAACCACAAGGCCCGAGAACCUCAAUUAAGCAAGUUUUAUACUAACUCUGGGUAUUUAAGUGUUCCUGCGCCCUCGACGCCAUGUUGGGGAGGUUCUACGGACUCUGUUAUUAAUUCUUUUCCCUGUCCGUUGAGUUUUAAGAUCACAUGCUACGAACCGGUUAAUUGUGAAAAUUUUAUUGAGCAUUUGGGAAAAAAUCAUCAAGUUGUUCAGGUUCAUUUUUUUGGGCCUAAAAUUACAAUACCUGUUCCUUUAGAGUUCCAAUGUGAUACUCUUUUUAUUAUACAUUGUUCCAAUGAUUUAUUUUUCUUCCAUUACCAAGAAGAAACAGCUUGGGUAACAAGUGUAUCAACUAAAGGAGAGUGGAUUCUCCAUGGCAGAAGUUCUGAGAACACAGAAAUAAAACUCAAACGUCGGAUUACUAAAAUAGAAUCCACAAGGCCAGAACUUGCAGACCAAGCACCAAUUCCGCAAGCUUUUAAUAUUGUGGUUCUAGAUAUAGAGUUGCUUAUUUCUCCACCAGAGGGCUUAGACAUCUAAGGAACAAUUUAGAAGCAAUUGAAGGUUAACAAGUGCUUUAUUUCGUAUACAAAAGUAAAAAAAUAGUCAAUAAUUACUGACUAAUAAUCACAUUACAAUUACUGGCUUAAAUGUAAUUAUACAUUAAAUAAUUGAGCAUAAACUCAGUUCAUUAAACAAUAAUAAUAAAAAUAAUUAUAGUUAAGUAUAUAUAUGUAUAACAUAAAUUCUCAGAGGCCACAGUAAGCCGUUGAUUACAACAAUUUUUUUUUUUAUUACUUAUUAAUAUAAUUAACAGUUUUUAAGGCACAUAUGAUUUUAUAGUAAUUUGUAUAAUUUUUUGUAAAUUUAAUAAAA